UGUUGCAGAUAGCGGUGGUGGUGGAGUAGGAGGAUGUUCGGCGUCGCUGGAAGACACGCAAGGCGUCGCACCAGUUCGGCGUCUCUCCUGUCGUCGUCUUCCCUGCUCCCCGCCUCCCGCUCUCCCUCCAGACUCACAGCUGCCUCCCCAGCAGCCAGAAGAAACACAAGUGGUUCCCUGACAUCACUUUGCCGGUCGCCAGUCCCUCCAGGUACCACUCCUUCGCCUGCGCGGUCUCCAGGUGCCCACACAUCGGGUGCUUCCCCUGGCAGAAGCCCUGGGCGGUCUCCCUCCCGGUCCCCAGCCCGCUCGUCCAUCGUCUCUCUGGAAGGAUCGUCCAGCGUCCUGACCAGGAGGCAUUCCUCUCUAACCUCAGACAGUCAUGGCAUCCUUAUGGAAGAGGAGGAGGAGGAAGAAGGAGCAGCAGCAGGAGGAAGCGAAGGAGCGAAGAAAGCGAAACUCAAAAAGAGCGACGAGGAAGAAAGUUCAGACGAGGAGAAACCCUCUAGAGAUCUGGAGGAUCAUUUGGAGGAAGAGGAAGAGGUGGGGACCGACGGCAAAAGUCCUGUUGGGGAGGCGAGUGACUCCAGGAGGCUGUCCGAACGAAGUGCCGGAAGUAAUAAAUCGGAUGUGAGUGGAGGUUCCCCUGCUGGUACACCUGCAGUUACGGGUCCCCCCAGUACGGGCAAAAAACAGGUGCGCCUUAGUCUGCCUAAUGGGCCUUACCUGUCCCGUUAUCCCCCAGUGCUGUCCCCAACACCUUUAUCAGGUGCUGGGUAUUUCAGGAGACGGCAGGCAGUUACAAUCAGCGACUACAAGAGCUGUGCGCUCGUUCAGACCAACAUGAAGAUGGGCCUCGGCGACAUCAUGUUAGCAGCGGCGGCGGAGGCCCGGGCGUCGGCUGGAGGCUCGGGUGACGGGUUGUGCCGUCUCGGACGCCCAACGCCCACCUACGGGGCCAUGGGUGGCAAGAAGGGCCCACCCCAACAGCCUGGGGUUAAGGGCCCCACUUCCCUCUUCAUUCUCUCCGACGACAACAUCAUUAGGAAGUAUACUAAGUUCAUCAUAGAAUUUCCUCCGUUCGAGUACGCGGUUCUGUUGACCAUCAUCGCCAACUGCAUCGUCUUGGCCAUGGAGGUCCAUCUCCCGGAGGGCGACAAGACGCCCCUGGCCACCGACCUGGAGAAGACAGAGCCUUAUUUCCUCUUCAUCUUCUGUAUUGAGGCGUCGCUGAAGAUCUUGGCGCUGGGUUUCUGCCUCCACCCGUACUCCUACCUGAGGAACAUAUGGAACAUCAUGGAUUUUGUGGUCGUUGUCACGGGCGGUAUGACAUUAAUAGCAGCGGAUAGUGUUGGCCAAACUGUGGAUCUGAGGAUGCUUCGAUCGUUCCGCGUCCUCAGGCCCCUCAAGUUGGUCUCGCGGCUGCCAAGUCUGCAGGUCGUGUUGAAAUCCAUCAUCAAGGCCAUGGCGCCAUUGCUGCAGAUUGGCCUGCUCGUCCUCUUCGCUAUUGUCAUAUUCGCCAUCAUCGGCCUUGAAUUCUACUCUGGGGUUCUCCAUAAAACGUGUUUCAGUUUAGAAGAUUUAGGUCAAAUAGUUACUGAAGGCGAGAUGGCCACGCCGUGCCACACGGAUAAUACCUCCAUAGCUCCUGCAGGUGCUUAUGUUUGUAAUGAAAACACAUCCACCUGUCUCGAGCUUUGGGAAGGACCCAACUUUGGCAUCACAUCUUUCGACAAUAUAGGCUUCGCUAUGUUGACCGUGUUCCAGUGUAUUACACAGGAAGGCUGGACUGCCAUUCUUUAUUGGACAAAUGAUGCGCUGGGUUCCAGAUUCAACUUUCUUUACUUUGUCCCCCUUAUUGUCUUGGGGUCGUUUUUCAUGCUCAACCUAGUUCUUGGUGUUCUUUCUGGUGAAUUUGCUAAGGAAAGAGAAAGAGUAGAGAAUAGACAAGAAUUUUUAAAACUUAGAAGACAGCAACAAUUAGAAAGAGAAUUGAAUGGCUAUGUGGAGUGGAUCUGUAAAGCAGAGGAAGUAAUUUUAGCAGAGGAGAGAACAACGGAUGAAGAAAAAGCUCAUAUAAUGGAAGCUCGAAGAAGAGCAGCAGCGAAAAGAAAAAAGCUGAAACAUCUUGGGAAAAGCAAAAGUACAGAUACAGAGGAUGAGGAGAAUGAAGCUGAGGAUGAUGAUGCCCCCCUUUCUCUCGCAGUUCCUGCCAAAAAGAAAGGUUUCUCAAGAGCUUCCUAUUUAAAAAACAAAGUUAAGAAACAAGGUGCCUGUGCAAAUUUUUGGAAAGCAGAAAAGAGAUUGAGAUUUGGUAUUAGACGAACUGUGAAGCAACAGUGGUUCUAUUGGUUCGUCAUUAUUCUUGUAUUUUUGAAUACCGCGUGUGUGGCUGCAGAGCAUUAUAACCAACCAGAAUGGCUCACACAUUUUUUGUACUAUGCAGAAUUUAUAUUUCUAGGUCUAUUCAUAUCUGAAAUGCUUAUAAAAAUGUAUGCCCUGGGCCCAAGAAUAUACUUUGAAUCGUCCUUUAACCGAUUCGAUUGUAUCGUCAUCAGUGGCUCGAUAUUCGAGGUCAUCUGGUCACACUUUAAAUCCGAAUCAUUUGGUCUUUCGGUGCUAAGAGCCUUGAGAUUGCUGAGGAUAUUUAAAGUAACAAAGUAUUGGGCGUCUUUAAGAAAUUUGGUGAUUUCUUUGUUGAGUUCAAUGCGUUCUAUCAUUUCUCUGUUGUUCCUGCUCUUCCUGUUCAUCCUCAUCUUUGCUCUUCUUGGAAUGCAACUGUUUGGUGGUUCCUUCAAUUUUCCUGAGGGGACACCAGCUGCCAAUUUCAACACCUUUUCCAUAGCUCUCCUCACAGUCUUUCAGAUCCUAACAGGUGAGGAUUGGAACGAGGUGAUGUACUAUGGCAUUGCAUCCCAGGGAGGUACCAAGUCUGGUAUGAUCUACAGCCUUUACUUCAUCAUCCUUGUGAUCUUUGGUAACUACACGCUGCUGAAUGUGUUCUUGGCUAUUGCUGUGGACAACUUGGCAAAUGCUCAAGAACUAACAGCUGCUGAAGAGGAGCAGGAGGAGGAAGAUAAGGAGAAGCAACAAGCGGAGCUGGAGAAGGAGCUCGAGGCUCUGCAGAAUAGCGCAGAUGGACCACCGAAGGUUGAAAUUUGUCCUCCUUCUCCUGGUGGCGAAAAAAUGAAUGAUAAGAAAGCUGCUGAAGCAGAAAAAAAUGACAAGAAAGAAGAAAAGAAGACAGACACAAAGGAGGAAAAUAAAGACGAAAAAAAGAGUGAAUCAAAAGAAAGUGAAAGCAAUAAGCGCGAGGGAGGAAAAGACAAAGAUGAUGAAGCAGAAAAUGAAGAUGAAGAAGACAUGGGAGGUCCAAAGCCUAUUCUGCCAUAUUCAUCCAUGUUCAUACUUUCACCCACAAAUCCAAUCAGGAGAGCAGCACAUUGGGUAGUGAAUCUUCGCUACUUUGAUGGGUUCAUCAUGGUUGUCAUCACUUUAUCUAGUAUUGCCUUGGCCUCAGAAAAUCCUGUUGAAGAGGAUUCUCACUUUAAUCAGAUUCUCAACUACUUCGAUUAUGCCUUCACUGGAGUUUUUGCCAUAGAAAUGAUUCUUAAAGUUAUAGAUUUAGGGGUGAUUUUCCACCCUGGAUCCUACCUCAGGGAUUUUUGGAACAUAAUGGACUCCGUGGUUGUCAUAUGUGCUGCUGUUUCCUUUUGUUUUGAUAUGAUGGGCAGCACAACUGGACAGAACCUCAGUACUAUCAAGUCACUUCGAGUGCUCCGUGUUCUUCGACCGCUCAAAACCAUCAAGAGAGUGCCGAAAUUGAAAGCGGUGUUUGAUUGUGUUGUCAACUCCCUUAAGAAUGUGUUCAAUAUUCUCAUAGUGUACAUACUAUUCCAAUUCAUCUUCGCUGUUAUUGCUGUACAACUGUUUAAUGGAAAGUUUUUCUACUGCACUGAUGAAAGUGUGCAUGAAAGAGCUCAGUGUCAGGGUGAGUUCUUCGUCUUCGAAGGGUAUGAGCGUCCACCAGAAGUAAAACCAAGGUUAUGGCGGCAGCAGGACUUCCAUUAUGACAACGUGAUGGCUGCCAUGUUAACCCUCUUUGCUGUCCAAACAGGAGAAGGGUGGCCUUUAGUGCUCAAGAACUCAAUGGCAGCUACACGUGAGGACCAUGGACCACAGCCAGAAGUCGCCGUGGAGAUGUCCAUCUUUUAUAUCGUUUACUUCAUUGUGUUCCCUUUUUUCUUCGUGAACAUUUUCGUUGCUCUUAUCAUCAUCACGUUUCAGGAGCAAGGAGAAUCUGAGUUGCAGGAUGGAGAGCUGGAUAAAAAUCAGAAAUCAUGUAUAGACUUUGCCAUUCAAGCUAAGCCUUUGGAGCGAUAUAUGCCUAAGGAUCAUGACAGCUUCAAGUACAAGAUCUGGCGCAUUGUCGUUUCAGCACCCUUUGAAUACUUCAUCAUGUUACUCAUUGUGCUCAAUACACUUCUUCUUAUGAUGAAGUUUCAUAAUCAGUCCAAGUUGUACAAAGAUACUCUGCACUACAUGAACACAAUCUUCACUUCGUUCUUUACCAUUGAAUGUAUGCUCAAGAUCGUGGCAUUCGGAGUCAGGAAUUUUUUCAAGGACCGUUGGAAUAUUUUUGACUUCAUUACGGUGAUUGGCUCCAUCAUCGAUUCCUUGGUAGUGGAAUUUGGGCGAAUGUAUGGAGAGGGGACAGAAAACUUCAUCAAUGUAGGAUUCUUAAGGUUAUUCAGAGCAGCAAGACUUAUAAAACUUCUGCGUCAGGGUGAUACAAUUCGUAUUUUGUUAUGGACAUUUGUGCAGUCAUUUAAGGCACUGCCAUAUGUUUGUCUUCUUAUUGCAAUGUUGUUCUUCAUUUUUGCUAUUAUUGGCAUGCAGGUUUUUGGCAACAUGAAAUUUGAUCCCGACACUGACCUAAAUCGACAUAACAACUUUCAGUCUUUCUUCGCCGGUCUCUUGCUCUUAUUUCGAUGUGCCACUGGAGAGGCUUGGCAAAGUAUCAUGUUGUCUUGCAUCAAAGGUCGUCCAUGUGAUCCAGCUGCAUUGAAGGACAAGCCGGAUAAAACGUGUGGUUCCAAUAUUGCCUACAUCUACUUCGUCUCCUUCAUCUUCCUGUGUUCUUUUUUGAUGUUGAAUCUUUUCGUAGCCGUCAUCAUGGAUAAUUUUGAUUACCUAACUAGAGAUUCAUCCAUCCUUGGUGCUCAUCAUCUCGAUGAAUUUAUUAGAGUUUGGGCUGAAUAUGAUCCCAAUGCAACGGGCCGUAUUCAUUAUACAGAUAUGUAUGACAUGUUAAGGAAUAUGGAUCCACCUUUGGGGUUUGGCAACAAAUGUCCGUAUCGAUUAGCUUAUAAAAAACUUAUACGAAUGAAUAUGCCAUUAGAUAGUGAAGGCAGGGUACAUUUUACUACUACUUUAUUUUCUUUAAUUCGUGAAAACCUUUGUAUAAAGAUGCGACCAGCAGAAGAGAUGGACCAAGCCGAUUCAGAAUUAAGAGUGACAAUAAAAAAGCUGUGGCCGCUCCAAGCAAAAAAGAAUAUUGAUGUUAUAGUGCCUCCAGAUGACGAAUUAAAAUAUGACAAGUUAACCGUGGGAAAAAUUUAUGGCGGUUUAUUAAUUCUUGAAAAUUGGCGGACGACACGAUUUGGCCAAAUUCAACCAGCGGGAGGCUUGGAGGGUAAAGAUUCCCAUGGGCAAAAUGAGAAUGAGGAGGAGGAGGAAGAUGAGGAAAAGUAUGAGUCGACUGAGGAUAUUUUAUGUGGGGAGGGUACGCAACUACUCAGCAGUAUAGAAAAGGCUGAAAAUAAAGUCCAAGAGUCUGAGGAUGCAGAGGAAAUCCCAGAAACUGAGGAAACAGGAGGGGAUACUGAGGAAGUAGUGGAGCAAGAGUCAGAAUCAAAGCCAAGUUUGCUUGAGCGGUUGAUGGGUAUAGCAGUUCCUGCAGCUCCAAACAAAAGCACUCACGCCUCCAGAACCAGUUUGCCUCGCUCCAUUGAUGAGCAUCAGGACAUCCAAGGCCAGCAGAGUCGACAGGGCAGCCUCUCCCAGUCCAACGUAAGCAUAGACAUUGUACUUGGUAGUGACAAAGGGUCGAAAAAGUCCCUGACGUUGUUGGGUGCAGGCGUUGGACCCAAACGUGGCUCAGACCACGAAGGGUCUAGUGAUGCCAGUUGGCAGGUGGGGCUGGAAUUGGCUGAGGUAGUACAACGGGCUUCUAGGCGAGGAUCACUUGCUUCUGAUGAGGGAGGCUGCCACCUGAGACCGGAUGAAUAUCCCAUCAAUCGAUACAGAUCGAGAUCUCCUUCACCCUCUAGAGGCUUCCAGUCACCAACACCACCACACAGACGCCUCCGGUCUCCAACUCCAAUCAGGCGGAGCCCAUCACCGAGACGUGUUGGACAGCAGCCUCAUGAUAUUGGCUUCAGUGAUGCUGUCAGUGAUGUAGUGGACCUUGUCAAAUAUGAUCACGUACACCACAAACGAGGUAGGCUACUAGGCAAACUGCGUGGCGAUGAGUAUGGCAUAAUGUCUCCAUUGCGAGGUCGAAGUCCAAGUCGACGUCGCGAACCUUUCCCUCCACGACCAUGGGAGAGAGACAUCCGCUCUGCCUCCAACAGCCCAGAUCGUCAUUACAUAACAACCAGGCUGGAUACGCGUUCACGCAGCCCAUCCCCACACACUGGACUAACGGGAGCUGCUGGUCGGCGAGGUCGAACAUUAGAAUACUAUGGCACAGCUUCCCUAGAUCGUCGAUCACGCAGUCCCUCCCCACAUCAACGUGCAGGUUCCAGUUACCCAACCAUACCUCAGCGUCGUGGAGCAGGACGACGGUUACCCCCCACUCCUAACAAACCAUCAACUCUUCAUUUAGGUCCACCUUCAUCUCAACCUCCAACUGGCCAUCCAGGGUCAGGUCAUCACACUCUUUCUAGUGCCAAGUCGCCGACAAGAUCACAACCCAUCAAUUUCCCUAAACUAAAUGCCUCGCCCACACAUGUGCCCAAAUUAGAAAUGCCACCAGUGUUCCGAGAAAGAAGGACUCCACCAGUGACAGAGGGGAGUGCUAGACCUCGUGUGGCCCCGUCAGGGAAAGUUUUACCCCCAGGUGCGCUCCGCCGCCCACCUAUGGCACCAAUUAGAGACCAAUAUCCAUAUGAACGGCGACCUGAGGAACCACUUAGUUUCGAACAAGCAGUGGCCAUCGGGCGGGGCACCCGUCAACUGCCCUCACCAGCAGUGCCUAAUGGGUACAAACCAGGGCGGGAGCGAGCGGUACCGAGAUUACCAGCUCCUGUCGGACCACCAGGUGGUGGGCCGCCUCGUAGAGGGGCCCCAGGUGUACGCCAUAGUGACAGUGACGAGGAUGAUUGGUGCUAGUGGUUCCCACAGGGCGACGUGGGCCCCCACUGCCCUCAGACUGGUGGCAGUGGGGCCGACGGCACCCUGACUAGCAGUGCCUAGGAUUAGAGAGGAGCACAGGACCUGGGCAGGGGAGGCAUUGUAGUCACAAAUGUAUUGUGGCUUUUCUUCAUGUUUGUUUUGUACCAUAUCCCCUACAAGUGCUUUAUUUAAAACAUAAAACAAAUGUUCUUUGAAAUCUGUGAUAUUUUAAUAUCACCAUUAUUGUAGCUCUCAGAUGUGAGAGUUGUAUGAAUAUCAAAAGGAUCAGAAUGAGAUAUGUCAUUCCACUUUGUCUGUCAGUUUAGUCAUUGUUCAUUAGAUGUAGUCUUGAGUACCAAUUUGUUACCUUUUUCUUCUGGUUUUGAUAACUAGUCAGUUAGUAGUAUUUAACAUUUGCUAUGGAGACUUUGGUUCUCCCUGUCUUAUCUCACACGACAAGAAAAAGCAUUUGCCUGCCAAAGCUCUUGUGCUGGUAUAUUUCAAGCAUGAGAAGAUGCACCAUGUAGGGCAUCUCUUAUUGCUGUCCUUCACAUUCCUAGCCGUGCAGGUCUUGGGUUGUAUUUUGGAAAUACUUUAGUCCAUUUUUACCCUUGUGAUAUACUUACAGCCUUUUGGUGCGUGAAAUAGAUAUUAUAUUAUUUUUACACAUACAAUUUGUUGGCUGUUUCUAGUUGCAAGAGUUCAGAUGUUAAUGUAGGAAAGUCAUAUUAGUGAAGACAUUAACUGCAUCUUUGUUUGUAAUUGUAUUAUGAGGGUAUUGAUAGACAUAAGAAUUGCCAGAAUACCAUCUCUUGUUAUACUCAUAGUUUUAAUCUUCAGUGGACUGUGGUGCCUUUUGUAUCUCAUGUCCACAUCGAAGGCAUGUCCAGUAUUGGCGAGGGGGGCAGUGUGCCUGUGGUGACCCCCUCCCUGCUUUCCUGCCCCAUUGUACACCAAAUCAUCAAUUCAUUUGAUUUUCUAUUGAGAUGAUCUGUUAUAUAUAGUUCAGAUUAAUUUUGUUGUAAAAAUGUGAAUAGAAAUCUAUGAAUUAUUAAUAAGUUGAGAUUUGAUAGAGUUGUUAUUUUAAAGUUGAUUGAAUAAUGGGAAAUUUUAUCAUCAGAGAUAUAAAAUCACCUUAUCAAUUGUUAUCAGUGAAAAUAUUCCAGGUAUCUAUGGAACAUGAAUCAAUUGGUCAUCAUGAAUUCGUACUGAAACAAGAUUUGUUCAAAUGAACCAAUGUCAGUCGCAGGACAAUUCUGUUUUUAAAGUAUACUGGAAAGAUGAGCUUGGUUAGGGGUAUGCUAUCAUUUAGUAAAGUAACAACCUUACCAUUUUGACCUUUUGUAUGAAACGUCCUGCCUUAUGUGAAUUGGCCCUUGUGGUGGGAGAGGGCCAGAUAUAGCACCUAGGAGCAGUGGUUGAGAUGAUUUGAAUAUCUACAGGAAUUUAGAUAAGCUCAGAAGUUGAAAGGAGCAGUUGGGCGUCGUGGGUCAGACCAAUUAUGAACUAGCUGUGAAAACUGAUUAAUUUUACGUGUUUUUUGGAUGAGAGUACGCCCUCAUCCAAUUAAUGGGUUGUAUUAUUCAGAGUACUUCUGAUUGAACAGAAGUUGUUUAAAUGCCUCAUGAAGUGCAGUACAGGGAUCCUUAUUUUGUAUAAGAAGUCCCAUAGUAUAUAAUUAAAUGAUUGCUAUGUAAUCUGAUAUGGGUUUGAGCCAUAGACCCCAACAUAGUCGAGCCAUUUCAGCUGUAUAGAAAUGAUAAAGCAUUUAGUAUGCCUUAGUCCUCAAAAUUAGAUCAUUAGUGCUACAUCAUGAAAAUUUCAAUUGGCUCUUCACACUCUGAAAAUGAGGCUAUUAUCCGCAAGUUCCAUAAGGAUUUACAGGGCAGUAUGGGUAACAUUCUCACAUUGAAUUAGGGUUAACUGAAUACAAAAUUGCUCUCGUUUCAAUCUGCAGCUUCCCGUAGUAACUGCGAAUAUCCAAAUCAUCAUCUGUCUGCAAAUCCAUAAGUGCAUUUUUGUAUAUUAUUGUAGUAUCACCUCCUGUAGUGUUUCACAGUAUCCAUCCUGCUACCAUGAUUAUACUGUUCGAGGAUGAAGAUUGUUUGAAUCUUAGUAUUCAAUUAGCAAGAAUUUUAAAUUGUGUGAAAUUCAUAGAAAAUACAGUGCAGUCUUAAUAAUGUAUUUAGUUGGGAUCAAUUUUUUAAUGUAUUUUUAGUACAGUGUAUUUUUUUUAUUGAAUUGCUGUACUUUUUAUUGUUAUUUUGACAGCCAAAUGUCACAUAAGGUAGAAUGCCCAGUCUUUCACUAGUGUGUAACUUGUAGAUGGAAUUUUCAGUGAAAGUGAUCAAUUGAUUUGGGGUUAAUAGAUGUGCAACAGCUAUGAGCUAUGGUUUAUAAAUGUUCUACAUUUCUCUUUUUUCGUUUCGAAAAUCUGUCGAGCAAAAUCAUGACUUAUGAUUUCAUCCAAUUGUCAAACAGUCAGUGCCAGACUAUGAUAUUCUACCAAAUGUGUAAACUUCACCUACUCCAUCCCUAUGACUGAAAUAAAUUGGGGUGCAUCUUUGGGGACAAAAUAUUUUCUGUUUUUGUUUUGUUUAUGUUUGAUUCUGUUAAAUUGCAUUUGGAAUCACUUAGUAGUAUACAGUAGGUUUACAUGUAGACUAUAUACAUUUGAUUACUUUCAUUUUCCGAGAGGGAGGGGGAAUGUAAGGAAGGUGAGAGAUGGCGUCGUGGUAUUUUGCCCUGAAAUGAAAUGAUAGUUUUUGAACGGUAAGAGGUAAGUCCCAAGUGCAUAGUGAUGCAUCUGUUGACCAAGGUUAUUACCCUAGAACAGAGAAAAAUAGAUUUUUAGAUUUGCAGAAUACAGUACGUAGGGUGUAAUAGAAUAUUUUGUAUCUCUAUCAAGAACACAUUUUGGCAAUGUGACGCUGUAUGUCAUUGCUUCAUAACAUUAUUAUCUUGUGUUGAGGAUCGUUUCGUCUUAUAUUUGCUGUGGAAACCAUUCAAAUUCCAUACCCAACUCCUAAGCUUCUGUUGAAUCAAACAUAAAGAGGCCAAUAACAGAAAUUGUCUUGCUCUGCAAAAUGCAGCUCAUCCUCUAGUAAGAUUUGGCUGUCAUUUACAAAUGAAUGUCGUCAGUAUGAAGCAUAUUGACAAAAGUAAAGUUUUCGCCUUCAUCUCAUCUCAUUAUGAAAUCUAUUAUUGCCCAAAAUGCCAAUGUAAAAGUGUUCCAAUAUUUAUAUUCCUCAGCUGAAAUGCACAGAGACUUUAUUGUGUCUAUCUAUCCCUAAAACUCUAACAUUUUCGUACGUGCUUAAUGUUUCAGUCAUUACCUAUUGUUUAAAAUUUCCACCUUAAAACUUGAAUGAAAAUCCCAGUUACAAAUGAGAUUGAUAUAUAUAUAUACAUAGGAAUAUGUAUACAGUAUAUAUAUAAUAUAUAUAAAUACAUUAUAUGAAGUAUAAACCAUUGAUCUAACUAAAAAUUCAGUAUAUAUAUCACAUACAAAUGGCGGUAAUCAUUUAAAAGUUCACAGUUUCAGUACAUUUGUAUUCUGUAGUUAUAUGCCAGCGAUGGCCGUAACUGCAGUGCGACCACACAUCUUCCGCAGUCCAUGUGCGGUCGGAGCACUGUCCAGCCUGCAGCCGCUAGUGGUCUGCAGCCCAUACAUAUACUACUGUUUUCUACUUGAAAAUAAUAAUGUACAUGUGAAUAGUAUCAUAUGACAAUUCUUGGGCAUCUUUUGAGUGUUAUCAAUCAGCAGCUCUGAAAAUUUGGUAUAUGUUUAUGCUAAAAAAGACAGAAUAUCAGUUGAAUGAAAAGUGACAUAAAGCAAUGUACAACAUUGAAAAGAUCUUCAAGAAUUUUUGUAUGAGAAACCUUUAUAGCCACUUACCUCUAGUGCAUGAACAGUUUCAAAUGACCGAUAUUAUUAAUCAUUUGAUCAGUUUAAUUACCAUAGCUUUUGGUAUUUAAAAAGUAUAAUAGGCAGUCGGUUAAUCAAGUUUAAAUUAGCCCAAGACUGUUGAAGAUAACUACAAACCUCUAUAUUCCCUGUAAUGAAACCCUUGAAGCAAGAGUGGCCCCCAAAUGCAGGCCUUUUCUCUAGAAGAAUGCAAAGAGUAAUUACAUAUUCUUUGCAUUAUCGUGUGUGCCUUCAGUCACUUCAGUUUUUCCUCUUUGCCUGUCAUUAUUACAUGACGAGAUCUGAAAGAGGAGCUUGCAGCGGUAAAUGCCACAAGGUUCAGUUUUGACCCUCAGUCCUUUGUAUGUUGAAAAAAAGUGAACCAUAUGGGAUCUAGAGAGCUCCCUUUUCACCAUCCCGUCAGCCAUACAAUACGUAUAGAAUGCAGAAAGCAUUACUUUAUCAUGGUCUUUAACUGGUUUUAUAAGAAAGUCUUAUGUGCAUAAAGCAGUUUUGUGAAGCAUCCAACCAAGAGAGCAUCAAGCAUCAUUUGUAUGGGAGAUCUUGUUCAACUAGUGCUAAUGAUUUUAAUGCUUUUGGUUGCCUGUGCAGACACAGCUGAUUGCUUUGUGAACAAAGGAUGAUACAAAGAAACAGCAUAGCUCUUAUGUUUUGAAAGAGCUGAAGAUAUUGUGCUGAGACUGCCAUGUUAAGUUUCAAUGUUUCCUCCAAGUUUGUGGAGAGGAAGUAUGAAUGAUAAUAAUUAUUAUAGUAAAUAAAUGAAUAAUUAUAAUAACGAUAAUUUGACAGUAUACUGUAUAAAGUUUAAAAAUGUAACCUAAUGCCAAAUUGAGACUUUUUGAUGUUUCUGGCUAUUCCCUCUUGUAAGUACCAAUUGAGCAUUCCUAAAUUAUGAAAAUAUUUUAACAAACUGUACACUUGUUGUUGAUUGUAUUUUUUUUUCUUUUUUAUUUAUUAUUUUUUUUAAAGUGGAAGGUUUUGAAAAUCCAAACAUACUACAAUUUGUUAGGGGCAUACUAUGUGCAUCAGUUCUUACCACGGAAAAUACUACUGUCUUCUGGAAUAUGGAUUGUUUUGUGAAUUUGAAGAAAAAUAAAGUUAUGUAUAUGUAUUGCUUUUAAAAAGAUAUGCAUAGUGUUUAUAGGUAAAGAAGCAAGUAAACAACUUGAAAACAUAAGAGAAUUUUGCAAGGCAACAACUAACCAAUCAUAACUGGUAAUGCCAUGAUUUCUUGUUUUGAUUGGUUAGAAUUGCUAAGGAAAACGUCCAAACUUGCAUUUUCAAUGAAAUUCCUUCUCGUUGCUUUUUUUUAAUUGAAUUUCCAAACCUCCACUUUGGAAAUUCGGUGAUGACGUCAUGAACUGUGUGACUUCAUAACUUUGUUGUACCCGCUCACUCGAUUAUGUAUAGCACAUUACCCGGUAGAUGUUUUUGAAGAGAAUUUUAUACAAGUUCGUUUUCCUACAAUAAAUGAAGCAAAGUGAGGUAUAGUGCUAGUGACUACGGCGGUGUGGUUUAACCUAAAACAUUUUCUGCCUUCAUCCAGAACUUACUUUAAGGACUGGCUUCACAAAACUCUCACUGGAAGGUUUUCCCUGUGAAACCCCUUUUUUAAGAAUAUUAGUAGAACAGGAAGAGCAGUCUUGUCAGAAUUUUGCGAAGCUGGUGCUUACUUUAUAUCUGGUAGUAUUCAUGACUAGAGAAUUUUUAAGGGCAGAAGUAAAAUUACAAGCAGUGUAUGUCAACCGAAUAUAAGAUUUUUUCCAUUCCUACCUUCUAACCAAGUACUCUCUCUCACUAAAGGUUUUCAUACUGUAUGCGUGGUCAGGUCUGUACAGGAUUAUAUUGUCUCAAAUAAACAUUUUAUCAAUAUGCAUUGUUUAAAGGUU